UUCUGUAUGUUGUUAUUGGCCCAUUAAAAAUUUUGGAAGAAUUCAAAAUUCUAUUCUUUAGUUAGGAAUAAAAAUCCAAACUUUUCUUUUAAAAAUGAAAAUUCCUAACAUUUCCUUAAAAUAUUGAGUUGGGGUGGAAGGAAAGAGGAGAAGAAAAAACCAGAGACCAAACAGAGAGAUGUUAUGGGCAACGCGUCUGAAAUCCCAUAAAAUUUUUAGUCUUGCAGAUUAUGAACGUCUACUUGAAGCUAGCCUCCAAUCAAAAUCUGUGUCUCAAGGCAAAAUAAUCCAUCAACAUCUCAUUAAAAACCACAUCCCACAUGGUGACGAUGACCAUUUUAACCAAACUAUUGAAAAGCUUACGCAUUUGUACUUGGCUUGUAAGGAGGUUGAAUAUGCACGCCGAUUGUUUGAUAGAAGUCCCCAAAAGCCAAAAAAGGUUCUCAUUUGGAAUCUGUUAAUAAGGACAUAUGCUUGGAAUGGACCCUACGGUGAAGCCAUUAAUUUUUACUACAAAAUGCUGGAAUUGGGUAUCCAGCCCUCCAAAUUUACUUUCCCAAUUGUGCUUAAAGCAUGUUCGGCUCUUCAAGCAAUUGAACCAGGCAAGGACAUUCAUGUUCAUGCCAAAAGGCUCCGGCUUGAUUCUGAUGUUUAUGUUUCCACGGCUUUGGUUGAUAUGUAUGCGAAAUGCGGGUGUUUGGAUGAUGCAGAGACGGUAUUUAGUGACAUGCCUCGCAGAGAUGUUGUUGCAUGGAAUUCUAUGAUUGCCGGGUUUUCUCUGCAUGGGGUGUAUUAUGAUGAGACUAUGCAAUUGCUUGUCCGAAUGCAAAAGGAUUUCAUAAGCCCCAACUCUUCAACAAUUGUGGCCAUUCUUCCAGCAAUUGCUCAGGCUAAUGCUUUGAGCCAUGGCAAGGCGAUGCAUGGUUUUUGUGUGAGGAGGGGUUACAUUGAUGAUGUCAUAGUUGCAACCGGGAUUUUGGAUAUGUAUGGGAAAUGUCUGUACAUAGGUUAUGCCAGGAAAAUUUUUGACAGGGUGGGUAUUGACAAGAAUGAGGUGACCUGGAGUGCUAUGUUUGGUGCUUACGUUAUUUGUGAUUUUAUGAGGGAGGCGUUGGAACUUUUUCGGGAAAUGAUGAGGCGCAAAGACUUUGCUUUGUCUCCAACAGCCGUAACUCUUGCUACUGUUCUUCGAGCUUGUGCAAAGUUAGCAGACUCAAAUAUGGGCAGAUGCAUACAUUGUUACACUGUUAAAUCGGGUUUUGUUUCAGAUUUAAUGUUGGGAAAUACUCUACUUUCGGCAUAUGCAAAGUGUGGGAUUGUCAAUGAUGCAAAAAAAUUCUUUUAUGAAAUGGAUUUGAAAGAUACAGUUUCAUAUAGUGCUAUUAUUUCAGGAUGCGUGCAGAAUGGUCAUGCAGAAGAGGCUUUACGUUUGUUCCAUAAGAUGCAAUUGUCAGGAUUGGAUCCAGAAAUGGCAACCAUGGUAGGUGUCCUGCCAGCUUCUGCUCAUUUGGCUGCUAUACAACAUGGUUCUUGCAGUCAUUGUUAUGCAAUUGUUCAUGGCCUUGCAACUGAAACUGCAAUUUGUAAUGCUCUUAUUGACAUGUAUGCAAAGUGUGGAAGGAUUGACACUGCCAGGAGAGUUUUUGAUAGGAUGCAUAAGAGGGAUAUUGUAUCAUGGAAUGCAAUGAUAAUUGCUUAUGGAAUUCAUGGGCUUGGCAUGGAAGCAUUAUUGCUGUUCGAUAACAUGCUGGCAGAAGGUAUAGAGCCAGAUGAUGUGACUUUCAUUUGUAUCUUAUCUGCUUGCAGCCAUUCUGGCCUCGUCACAGAAGGUAAACACUGGUUUAAUGCCAUGAAUCAAGAUUUUGGCAUCACUCCCAGAAUGGAGCAUUAUGUAUGCAUGGCUGAUCUUUUGAGCCGGGCAGGGAAAUUUGAAGAGGUAUGCAAUUUCAUUGAAAAGAUGCCAUUUGAGCCUGAUGUUCGUAUUUGGAGUGCCUUGCUUGCUGCUUGUAGGGUCCAUAGAAAUGUUGAACUUGGGGAACAAGUAUCAAAGAAAAUUCAGAAGCUAGGACAUGAAAGUACGGGAAAUUUUGUUCUUUUAUCCAAUAUGUAUGGUACUGUUGGGAGAUGGGAUGAUGCAGCACAGGUUAGAAUACUGCAAAGGGACCAAGGUUUUAACAAAAGCCCUGGGUGCAGUUGGAUUGAGAUUGGCGGUGUUGUUCAUGCAUUCAUUGGCGGAGAUAGAUCACACCCACAAUCACCUCAGAUAAAAAACAAAAUUGAUGAACUAUUGGUGGAGAUGAAAAGGUUGGGUUAUCAUGGGGAAUCUAGCUAUGUUCUUCAAGACGUUGAAGACGAGGAGAAGGAACAAAUCCUCCUUUAUCAUAGUGAAAAACUAGCUAUUGCAUUCGGAAUUCUUAAUCUCAACCCCAAUAAGCCCAUUCUAGUAACUAAGAAUUUGCGAGUUUGUGGUGAUUGCCAUACCGCUAUAAAACUUAUCUCCCUUAUUACAAAAAGAAAUAUUACAGUAAGAGAUGCAAGCCGAUUCCAUCAUUUCAAGGACGGAAUUUGCAAUUGUGGAGAUUUCUGGUGAGAAUGAGGAUGCAUAUUUUACAGAUGGUGCCUCAGUUAACUCAAGCGACUGUGCUUUCGACUUUUUGCUAUUCAUUCCUCAGGAGCUAUGGAGGAACUGGCAAUCCAUGUAAAAGUAAGUCUUCUAUUUCUUCGCUUUCCUAGAAGCAGUUCAUGGAGAGAGGCAUUUCUACUUCUCCACAAAUAAGAAAUAGAAGCAGUUCAUGGAGAGAGGCAUUACUUUUUUCCCCCCGCCACCCCAUUCCCAUUUACUGCCUAAUGCUCUGUUUUCAAGUUCCUCUCUUGGAUGAACUGAUUAGAAUUACCUAAGUUUUACUUGAUUCUGCUCUAAGAUUUAUACUUGAAAAAACAAAACGAAGAUCAGCAAAAGGAUAUAUUUUAAAACAAAAUUUUUUGCUCUGUUUUUUAAUUCUUUGUCUCAAAUGAUGGUUGAAUUUCUAUAAGAGUAAUUGAUGAUCUUUCAAUGCAAGGUGUAACGAUGAUAUCUCAUUAACCAACAAUUGAUUGCUUCCAGUUUAAACUAUAUGUGGUGUACUUUCUGUGACCUAAAUCCAUUUCUAAAGCUGGUAUUUUUUUUUCGAUGGUUUGACUUCUUUAGAUCAGGAAAAUGAACGAAAUUUAGCAAGAGAAAGGCCUUUUUGAUGAUUCAAUGAACAGUGUGAAUAUUUUCUUUGCCUAGGUGUCUUUUUUUUUUCUUUUUUUCUUUUUAUUCAGAAGCAAUUUCCUGUAAAUGUUUUUCAGAAAAAGAUGAUUGUCAUCUUUGGAGUGACUACAGGAAAGGGAUUAUGAAGGUGGGACUGCUGGUUGCAGGAACCAUAUAGCAUUCGCAGGAUGGCCUGAACCGGUGCAUCUUGGCUUUCAAAAUGAGUUUCAUUCAUUGUUUCAAGAGUGGGUUAGAAUCAUUACCAUUACAACACUGAUGACUGAUGAGGAAAUUUUGCAAGGUUUGUGACGACUGGCUAAGACUCCAUGGCUAAAAAAUCCCAUAUGUUGGAAUCUUCAUGUUUCGCAAGUGGCUCAAUGUCAUGUUUCAGAAAACCAUAGUACUAUCCUAACUCCGUGUUAUCUUAACCAAGUCCUAGAGACUCAAUAUGCCUCGAAAAUAUGAAAAAGCAGACCUUGAACUACUCGAUUAAAUUGUCCCCAGUUGCAUGUUUUAUCCCUUUAAUUGGGAUACCAGAAACGCAUCAGAGGGACAAGUGACUAGGGCUAUGCUAGGCCAAACACAAGAUUCAGUUGGGUUGAGUUCUUUUAUAUUGUUAGAUCCUUGUGCAACUUUCUUAGAUCC